AUGUUACUAACUGAUUAUUUCGUGCCUGCUCUGAUUUUCAUGGGGUUGUGUUUACACGUUUUAGCAGUAUUUUCUUUGUGUAAAUACAAAAAACAAAAUAAAAAUCAGAAAGCAUUACUGAUAAACUUGAGUGUAACAGAAAUACUUCUUUUGAUGCUUGGAGCUGUUGAUUACAUAGCACAUAUCUAUCCAGAUGCCAAUAUAUACAGUAUGUGGAAGUUAUGGCAAGUAUUGACUUAUAUAGAAAUAGCAGGAAAUUCUUCGUUGCUUUUUGCUAUGUUUUUCAUCAUAACAGAUCGUUUUCUUUGCGUUUCUUUGCACAUAAAAUAUAGUUAUAUUGUCACAAAACAACGCUUGGUGAAAGUUAUAAUUGCAGCUUGGAUUAUAAGUGGACUUGCAGCAUUACCAGCAAUUAUUGUUGAAGAUAUUGACUUAAGUCCAUAUCACAUUGCUAUGUCAAUUACAAAUGUAGUUUAUGUUUUGAUAGCUGUGGUGGUCUAUUCGAUAAUUGGUUUGCAUUUGAAGCGAAGAGGAAGAAAAUUCCAACAGAAUGUGAAGAAUGGGGAGUCAAUAACAAACGCUAAGCAAUUCAUCGUACCGUUUUUACUUGUUUUUACUUUUAUUAUAUUUUCAUCCAUCCCGAACUUUAUAAUUACAUGGUGGAAACCGUGUUAUGACAUUCACAAGGAGAUUAUAUGCCUCCAAGCUGUAUAUAUGUUUAUGAUCUGUGGAUUUCUUGUUGAUCCAUUAAUUUACGUUUUUCUUAACAAAAAAUUGAGGGAUGUGGCACUGUAUUACCUGUGUUGUAAACGAUUUCAUUCAACGACAUUACAUAAACCAACAGCGUUGCGAAACAUUGUCGUUGUUAAUAGCGAUACCGUAGAAGUCGUGGCAGCACCGGUCGAUGACGGAUUGGAACAAUCGACCGACAACCGAAGGUCGUAUGUUCAAGUUCCAUGUGAUCUCACUCUCACACAUGAUUGUUGUACCAACGAUCCUUUCCUUGUAAAGUUGUACAGACGAUUGAAGUUUUCUGCUACCGACUUCCUAAAAAUAAUUAACUCAACAGUUUAUGCUGUCGUUGAUUGA